AUGAAUUCUGGCACGAAGAAAAUGGAUUUAAAUCCCACAGGUAUGUGGGUGACCUUUUUUACAGCUGCAGGUAUUCCAUCUGAGGUUGCAGCAACAUACGCCCUAACAUUUACUGAAAACAGAAUUCAGAAUGAUAUGUUGUUAGAUUUAAACAAAGAGUACCUCAGGGACAUGGGGAUAGUAAGAAUGGGAGAUAUUAUUGCCAUAUUGAGGCAUGCCAAGCAAGUACAUGAAAAUACAGCUAGAGAUAAAGUACUAAGCACAACAAUUGUCGCAAACAAAGUCCCCGUAGCUGCUAUUGCAGGCCGGUCUACUGUAUCACAACCAUCAUCACCCGCAACCCGAAUACUGGAGCACUAUACACGUAAUCGAGACCCUUCACCCGUUGCAGUGCAAAACAAAAGAAAAUCAGAUGAGUUUGCACCCGAAGAAUCGGCCGUAAGCAAUAAAAAAGCUAGGCUUAUAAGGUUUGCUAACCCUCCUAAAGCAAUAGCUACAUUGCCUGUUAAACUAUCAUCUCAAAGUAAAACAGUGUUUGCUCGACUCGGUUCAUCAGAUCCUAAACUCGAACAAACACAAAAGGAAACAAAAAAAGUGUUUGCUCGUCUCGGAUCCAAAAACGCAGUUACUGAACCAAUACCAAAAGAUGCAUUAAAAUAUGAAGGAAUAUUAAAAAGCCAACCAGUAGCAAAGCGUUCGUUUACAGUCACAACAAACAAGAACAAUACAAGAACUUGUGUGGGAACAAUGAGGGCAGAUGAGACACCCGUCAGUGCUAAGGAAAAAUUGACUUUGUCCAGAGCUAAGUUGGUUAAAUUCUCAAACCGUGUAGAAUAUAAAGAAAUAGAAGAUGUGCAAAAAGUUCCGGUCAAAUUCACUUCAGUUUUUAAUAAACCGGAGAGACGGUUGUCUAUGCCCGUCACAAAUACUGUCAAGGCCAGACUCGGUGUUAAAAAGGAUAAGAUUACAAAUAGUUUGUUUAAUAGGUUAGGUGCUGGAUUUAAUUAA